AUGAACUGCAGCUCCCCAGUGCCAGCAACACUCAUGCAGCCCAGGACCAUGAUGCUACCACCACCAUGCUUGACUGUAGGCUGCAGAGUCUGCUGUAAAUACUCAUUUGAUGAGUUGGGAGCUGUGUGCAGAAGACAGAAACUGAGGUGCAAUCAGCUGUCAGUAACCAAGCAGGACUUUGACGACUAUGUAGUGGAUUACUUAUGUAAUUACAGAAAAAUCAAGGGUCAGGAGUUUUUCUUGGUAAAAUGGAAAGGUUACUCAGAGUCUGAGAAAACAUGGGAACCACAGGGAAACCUAAAAUGCCCCAAAAUCCUUCGACAGUUCAAGAAAGACAUGCGCUUAGCACUUCUCCGCGCCAACAAGCCGCUAGACUCCAAAUCACUGGAUGCUUCAUCAGUUUCCUUCCUGCUCAAAAGAGCCAAGCAACAGGUCAAGCUGCGCCGCUGGGAGGAAGAGGUGAACCGCGUCAGCAGGCACAAGGGCCGCAUCUUUGUGUUGAAUGACGUGGACCUGGACGGCCCUCCAAAAGACUUUACCUAUAUCAGUGACUACAAGUUCGGGAGAGGUGUGAAGCUGAGCCAGGCGGCAGUAGGCUGCGAGUGCAUGGACUGUAUUAAAGAGCCAGUCAAGGGCUGCUGUGCUGGGGCAUCGGAACACUGUACGGCGUACAACGACAGCAUGCAGGUCAAAAUCAUGCCCGGUCUGCCUAUCUAUGAAUGUAACUCACAGUGCUAUUGUGGGCCGGACUGUAAGAACAGAGUGGUGCAGAGGGGUCUGCAGUAUGACCUGUGCAUCUUUAAGACGGCCAAUGGAAGGGGCUGGGGUGUUCGCACGCUCGAGAGGAUUCAAAAGAACGCAUUCGUCAUCGAGUACCUUGGAGAGAUUAUUACAUCAGAAGAGGCUGAGAGGAGAGGAGAAAUGUAUGAUCAGCAGGGAGUUACCUACUUGUUUGAUCUGGAUUAUAUAGUAGAUGAGUUUACUGUGGAUGCGGCUCACUAUGGAAACAUUUCUCACUUUAUCAACCACAGUUGCAACCCGAACUUGCAGGUGUAUAACGUUUUCAUUGAUAAUUUGGACGAACGUCUUCCAAGGAUCGCUUUUUUUGCAACCCGCCAAAUUAAAGCAGGGGAGGAGCUCACUUUUGACUACAAAAUGACAAUUGAUGAAAUAGAUGCAGAGAGCACAAAAAUGGAUGCUAAUUUCUCCCGAGCAGGGUUGCAGGGCACACCUAUCAAACGCAACCGCAUGGAGUGCAAAUGUGGGGUAGAAAACUGCAGAAAAUACCUCUUUUAA